GUGUAUGUGUGCGUGUGUGUUAUAUUCACAGAGAGAGAGCGAGCGAGCGCGCAGCUGUAACCUACCAAAGAACGGUGUUGCACUUUCUGAAGCGCAUGGAUUUUAAGUGGAUAGCCUACUUAGAGUGUAAACGUCAUGCGCUCUAUUGAACAGCCCCAAGAAUGUGACAUUUUAACAGAUCGAUGCAGUUGAUAAGGACAGCGAAUUUGUUUUGGGAUUGUAUUUGGCUACUUUAAUAGCCUAUUGGGCUACUUUUACAAACGGCCAUACCACUGCCAGGAUACAUUCAUAGUCUAUCUGAUUGAAAUGGUGCAAUGUUCCGAAGGAUACUCCAACGCGUUGACUUUUGGUUGAUUUGGGUAACAGUUGUACUAUUUGGAGCUUCUGGUGCAGGAGCGCACAGUUGCCAUGAGGUUAAAACGGCUUUCCAAUUGCGCCAGAUCGGCUCGUUGAAAUGGGUCCCCGAGGCACCUGGAACAGAUGGUGAGUUGCAGAUCUGCAAGCACCCAGGCCCGUCAUGUUGCACACGCAAGAUGGAGGAGAGUUACCAGGCAGCAGUGCGCAGAGAGACUCUCCAGAACAUCCGUUCCUACAGCUUUGAGCUCAAGUACCUCAUUGUGGGCCAUUCCUCUGCCUUCCAGGACACGUUCCAGUCUCUUCUGUCGUUCACUCUGAACCUGACCAGUGCUCUGUUUGACAGUGCCUAUGAGCCCCUCUCCCAGGAUGCUCGCCCCCUGGUGGCAGACCUCUUCUCCGUCCUCUCUCUCUUCCUGGGAGGAGACGGCAACACCUCCAUGGAGCGCUCCGUGCACCGAUUCUAUGAUGACCUCUUCCCACUGGUGUACCGGCGCCUUGUCAACCCUGGCCUGGCCUCGUCCCCGCCCUCCUCUGAGCACAGUGAGUGUCUGCGCAAGACGCGCCAGGAUGUCAACCCGUUUGGGCCCCACCCUCGUGCCCUGGCCGAGGGGCUGACCCGGGCUCUGAGUGCAGGGCGGGCACUGAGCCGGGCACUGAUGAUGGGGGCAGAGGUACUGAACGCCACAGAGCGGGCAGGGCUGGCCAGGGAGUGUGGGCGUGCUCUGGUGAGAAUGCAGUACUGCCCCCACUGCAGGGGCCUGACCCUGAUCCGGCCAUGUGGAGGACUAUGUCUUAACGUAAUGCGGGGUUGCCUGGUGGGGCUCUCGGAGCUAGACGGGCCCUGGAGGCACUAUGUGGCCCUGCUGCAGGAGCUGACGGGGGCCCUGGCCGGGGGCCACGAUCUGGAGCUGGCCCUGCUGGGCAUCAGGAACCACAUCAACGACGCCAUCCUGCACGCACAGCUGCAUGGGCCACGCAUCAGCGCCAUCGUUGAUAAAGUAUGUGGGCCUCUCACAGACACUCCGACCACCUCCCCGACCUCGGCGGCCUCAACGCCCUCCCCAGCCGAGGUCACACUGGGCCGCUUGUCGCAUACCAGGAGGUCCUUACCUCUGAAACCAUCCAAGAUUGAUAAGCCUAGAAGUCUGAAAAAGAUCUCUAGAGAGUUUAUGGGCUAUAUUCAGCGCUACAGGUCCUUCUUCUCUGCCCUGCCGGAGACACUGUGUGAGAGUGAGAUGGUGGGGGAGGACUUCACCUGCUGGAGUGGGGAGGACGUGGUGGACAGUUAUGUGGGCCGUGUUGUGGGAAAUGGCCUUCAUGCCCAGAAAAACAACCCAGAGAUUAAGGUCCGCAGCAUUGACCCCAUCCUAGUGGCAGCUAGAGACAAACUAGAACAGUUCAAACAGGAGAUGCAGGGUCAGAUGGGCUGGGCGACAGAAUGGGGGGCGUGGGUGGAGACGGGCAGUGGGACGAGAGGAGAGGCCAGCGGAGAGUGUGACGAUGAGGACGGAUGUCAGGGAUCUGGAGAGGAAGACUUUGCCGAUGAGAAUGAGAGAGUGGACAUGGCCACUGCUGGUGUUCCACUGGGGAAGAGCCCAGGAGCCAGGGAGCCCCCACGCCAGGUCCCUACCAUUCAACCCCCUCCACAGGUAGCUGUGAAAGCCGCGGGCCACACCCCAACACACCACCCAGCUAUCACCAUCACCCUCAUCACCCUUCUGUCUGCCUUGGGGUUACCAUGACACCAACUCUGAGACCCCCUUCCCCUCCGCUGAUGACGCCACUGAGCACUGGAGAGAGGUGGGGAGCAUUCACAAGAAGGAAAAGCAGGUAGAGGCGGAUGAGAAGGAGAACAAGAGGAGGUGCUCACCAGCCAACCUGCGGCUUUUCCCCAGCUGCUCUCUGUUAGUUGGCGGGAGCUGGACUGCAUGGCUGUGUUUGUGCGAUGUAGGAUGUCUGCAUUUCUCUCUCUCUCUCCCUUGCUGCCUUUACCUCUGCUUUGUCCUCACUGCCUCCUCCUCUCUGGUUCACUGGACUGCCUGGUCAGUUGACCGUCAGAUGUGGUCAGCUAUAUGUCCCACUACUCUCUUGGUUCUCCUGUGGUCCCUAGGUUUAGGUCAUGAACAGUAAAGUUCAGAAACAGUGCUGAACUUAAGAAUGUCAUCAGGCCCAACACAGACAUCAUCUCUCCUCACCUGUCCACACCCAAAGCCAACUGCCAUGUUCUCUGGGCUCUCUCUAUUUGUUACUUAGUUUGUGUUUGAUUAUGCCUUCUGUCAAUAGUCACCGAGCACACUGUACAUGUUUUAUAUGGUCCCAUGUGGGACUUUGAUUGUGUAUUUGUUUGUUUGUGUGCCUUUAUUUACCUAUACUUAUGUCUACAUGUGGGUUUCUUUACCAUAUCAUUUACUUUAAUUGUAACAACUUAUAAUGGCUUGUACAGUACUAGAACUGAUCUAUUGGACAAAUGUAAAUAUACAUAUUUAUGUAAAUAUACAGUUUGUACUGUAUAAGGAUAGGAUAACAAGGGCUUGAUUGGAGUUGUUGCUGUGGAAAGGUUUUGGAUACCUUUAUAUAAACUUCACCAAAUCAUUUGACCCGUAUGUUUUGAUGGGCACCAACCCCGACCCYCAAURUAUGUUCCCACACACUGACAUCCUAGUUAACAUGCAUCCAUUGCACAAACAUCACCUCUAUUAUAAUGGCAAGUGUAUAAAUGUAUAUAUUUGAAGUCACACACAAUGUUCAUCUUUGGUUUAAAUGUUUCAUUUUCUUAGUACAGAAAUGGCUAACAGACUGGCACGUCUGUUUGCGAUAUUACAACAACAAAGAAGUUACUGCAAACAACCAACACAGUUUUUCCCUCAGACAUCAAUGCAGCAGAAUAGUACUGGAUUUUUUUUUUUACCAGGUUACACAACGCUCCUCACCUCCGCUUCGUCAACAAAAGAAAAACAAUAACAACGGCCGUGGGGUGGUCAGUGGUGCUGUUUCCCCUACUGCAGAUUCCAUCUUUAAAGGGAUGCUGCAAACACCUCCGUCCUGCAUGAAGUUUCAGGUUUACGAUAACCAAGUGUGUUUUACCUAGCAAGGAAACAAAAGCUGCAAAUAAAAAGAGCCUUCAUCUCAAUAAAGACCCCCAUGAACUCCCUGUCUAUCCAGGUGGCUUUGAGCUGUUGCCAGGAGACAGAGUGAGUGACAGGUACAAUACUCUGCUAUACUGGAUAGCAAUGCACCCUAUGGCUCACCUGUUAGUUCUGAAUGCCAGGUCCAGUAAUGUACCUCAUCAUUGCUGCUCCACUCCUUUGAAUGUCAAUGUUAAUUGGCCAAUCAGACCUUUUGAUAUGAUGAGAUCUUGCUUUAUCCUCGUAAUUACAGUACCAGACUGAUUACCUCUGCGCUGAUUCYGUGGUAGUGAACCAUUCAUGUAAACUCGCGAGCCAAGUGAGGCUAAUCUUGCUUUGCAACCCCUUUAAAAGGCCAGAAAUGUUCAGAGCCAGGUGAGUGAUGACAGGACUGAUAUAUUAGACUGGCCCUUUAUCUGAAACGGAUGGAGACUUUGUAGACUCGCAUUGGCAUUUUAAUAAACAUAUUAACAGUCAACCUGACCAUGAUGUGCCUGCCA